UAAAAAGUAGUGCAUAAUUUGUUUACAUAUACCAAAAAAGUUGUAAAGAAUUUACCGUGCGAACAUGAAAAUCAGGACAGAUAUAAACUUACUCAAUGUUUAACAACGUAGAUAUUGCUUCAAUUUUCGGGACUUAAAUUCUGUAGUAAAGCGAGUGGAACUAUAAAACUACGAACUAAUAGAAUAAACAAACGACAGUUUGAGAAUAAAACAAAAUUUUCAAUGCUAAUUAUGUCAUUUAUUAGGAACUUCCUUGUAAGUGUUUCCUUGUUUGGUGUAUUUGCGUUGACAUUAGGUCAUAGGCACGAAACCACUAUUGAUCUGCGUCAUAUCGGGAUACCGGUUUACAUCCGUAAUGCUGCUUCAGAAGAAACAUUAGUGAUAGAGAGUCUACUCAAAGAGUUUUCUAGUGGGCAAAUGAGUAGUCUAUCUGUCUUGUCCUUUCAGAAAGAAAAGAUAAACAGCAGUUCAUUAGGAGUAUCAGGGCUUUGUAUCCUUGAUAUAGAUUUCCUAAAGAACAAUAGCGGACUUCUUUUGAAGUACAUAGAUGCUGCAGCAAAGAUUCCAUAUGGAAUUCUUCAAGGGAAAAGCAACUGGGUCGGAGACUACCAAGAGUGCAGUUCCAUUGACUUGUCUUACAAUCCAAAAACAAAGAAAUCAUUCAAGGGGAAGUAUUCUACAGGGGUACUACUAGUCAAUGGAAAACCAGUGUUUGGCACAACGUCUACACUUAUGCUUGGAGUUUGUUUACCUGAUUCUUGCAACGAAACUGAUGUUAAGUUGUUAAUGAAUGGUUUGUUCGAAUUUCUGGAAAACGCUUCAGCCCAGAUUUACCCAGACAUAUCUAAACAGAACUUCUCAAUUUCUGAAGUAUUUUCUGACAGCCAGGAAUCGUUAGAUAGUGGUGCAAUUGCAGUGUUGAUAUUAACUGGGAUUAUUGUGUUGAUAGUUUUAUUAGCAACAUUUAUGGACUAUGGAUGUUCCUUUAAGCCGGCAAACACCGUAAAUAGAGUUGACGAGGACGAAAGCACCAACUAUGAUAAUUCAGACAGAUCAGAACUUUUGUCAGGUGAACUUUUCACUCAAGAUGUUCAAGUGAACAUUGCUAAGCGACGACUAUUAAAAGUGUGUCAAGUCUUUUCAUUAGUAAGUAAUGCAGAAAAGCUUUUCGGAACUAAAAUAGCAGUGGGUCCUCUAGCUUGUCUUAAUGGCAUCCGUGUUUUAAGUAUGUGGUGGGUCAUCUUGGGUCACUCGUAUGGUUUCAUGAUUUAUAAUAUGGACAAUCCUGUUGAGGCAUUUAAGAUUCUUCAGAGGUUUACAUUUCAGCCAAUUAUUAAUGGCUCAUAUUCGGUUGAUAGUUUCUUUUUCUUAAGUGGUCUUUUGGUUGCUUAUCUUGCAUUAAAGGAAAUUAGAGAGAAAGGUAGACUGAGCUGGCCGUACUAUUUUUUACACAGAUACUGGCGACUCACACCACUAUAUGCUUAUGUUAUAUUGUAUUAUACUUUUCUUUAUAGCUACACUAUAUUUGGUCCAAACAGGGCAAUGAUGUCGCAGCCCCAGUCAACAGCGUCAGUAGACAUUUGCAAAACUAAAUGGUGGGCAAAUCUCUUGUACAUCAACAACAUGUAUCCGAAUUAUGGUAAUUUAGCGACCACGUGUAUAGGGUGGAGUUGGUACCUGGCAAAUGAUAUGCAGUUUUAUUUGAUUCUUGGACCAGUUGUUAUCAUAACUCUCAGUUUACCCAGGAAACUAAAGUACAUUGGAGUUUUUCUCACUAUUUUUCUGAUACUCUUAGGGGUUGGAAUUCGUGGCUUUAUAGUGUGGUACUAUGGUCUAGCAUUUGAUUCAAAUGUACUGGAUUAUAUGCCAACUAAGCACGUUGAUGACCCUUUGGCAAAAAAUGGUCCAAUAUAUGGAAGGCCAUAUGCUAGAUAUUCCGUUUAUCUUGUCGGCAUGUUGACUGGUUAUAUCCUUGCCAUGACCAACAAUCGAAUACGAUUGAAUAGAGUUGUAGCUAUAUUUGGAUGGUGUAUUGCUAUAGCAACUGGGUUAUCUGUCAUCUAUGGUCUGUAUUACUACAACAACCAUCCAGGGACAUAUAUGACUUUAGUUCAGACUGGAUUUUACCUUGCUAUUGGUAGGACAGCUUGGGGUUUGUGUCUGGCGUGGGUUGUCAUUGCGUGUGUAUCUGGAAACGGUGGGCCUGUUAAGGAUGUCCUAUCCUGGAAAGUAUGGGCUCCACUUGGUAGACUGACUUAUGCAGCGUAUCUUGUGCACCCUCUAGUCAUGUUCACAUAUAUAUUUAACAUGGUUCAACCGGUACAUUUCACAGAUCUGACAGCGAUUUACUUGUUUAUUUCGAACCUCGUUGUUUCUUAUGUGGUCGCUUUUAUCGUUUCAAUGUUAGUUGAGGCCCCGAUGAUUCAGCUGGAAAAAAUAAUGCUCGUUCCGCUUCAAAACUUCAGUGAAAACUUUAUACUAGGCCCCAUAGUAUGGUUAAGUAACAAAGUUAGGUCGCGCUUUCAGAGAUAAACUAGGUAAUGUUUAUUAACAUGCACUACAUAUUUGUCUAGUAAAAGGAGCAGCUACAGCAUAUCUCUCGUUGUGUUGUUUGGUUACUGGACGCACAAUUUUCUUCGAACUUACUAGUUUUGCUGUUGUUACAACUAGAUAUAUUAAUAAACAGAUCAUAUGUUACAUGUAUUUUAUAAUUUAUCUUACUUCUUAGUUGUGAAAUGAAUUGUGCAAGUUAUGGUAUCGAUGUCUAUUUUAAAGUAUGUGGUUAUUCCAACACUCGGAAUGCAUGUAAUGGACCAGUGCAAUAGGUAUUUCAACAGCAACACGUAUAAAAAAUUUAUGUAUAGUUUUUUUUUAUCUCAUCAUGAUCAACAUUUCACCUGUUUUUUUUUUUUUGUUUUUUUUUCGUAAUAAACUAACAAAUCUUAUAUGUUUAUUGAACACAAUUCUAUUAUGCUAAACGGCUUUAUAUAAAUACUGAUUUUUCUUUGUUUUCGUCUCUGCCAAAUUAUGUCAGAAUUGAUUGAAAUUUUGAUAUAGUGUUACACGAUUAUUUACAAAAACGAUGUAUAUGUGUAUAUUUGUUCAGUUUCUGUCUAUGAUGGUUUUGAGAUGUGUCUUUAAUUAGAACUCACAUGACAUACAGUGUAUGACAUUUCUCAAUUAUUCAGUGUAUGUUACAUAACAAUUCUGUUAAUUUAGUUUAUCGUAUUUGUAGUACUAUGUGUACGUCUCCUUUGCAACCGUCUCCCCCUACAGUAAAGUAUUUUAAUACUAAGGGAGGCUAUCGUAUUAUCGGUGCAGUGGUUUCUCACAAGUAUGCCUGAUAUAAUUUGAUUGUAGAAUUUAUAUAAAAGUAUUUGAUUUAAUGAUUUUCUUUCUCAGAGAAGUCAUAUUUUUAGACUUUAUACACAUGGGAAUUUGUCAUUUUAUUUCAAAUAUGUUUCACAAAUAGCUUAGGCGUAAAAAAAAUUGUUUGUUUCCGGUAUCCCGACCUACCCUAAAUUUUUGGCCCGACCCUAAAUGUUUUUAUGGCCUUGGAGAAUAUUUUCUUCAACUUUUUAACAAAAAGUUGCAAAACUGCACUCUAUGCUCUAAAUAUGGUCAGUGGUGUUAGAUGUCAACUUACUGAUGCUCUAAAGGCAUAACCCCCUUAUUUGUAUUCAUUUUUUGGACAGAAAAAUAAUUUCCGAAAAGUCUCACUUAAUAAAAAAAAAAUUCCAAAAAAAAAAAAAUAUUUCCGACCUACCUAACCUAAUUUUUUUAGCAUGUUACCGGAAACAAAGAAUAUUUUUAGGCCUUAUUGUAGAAUUUGUAUUAUUUUUAUUAUACUCUUGUUUUGUUGUUAUUAAGUAUAAGUUGUUCUGGUACGGAAAAAAAUGUUUAUAUGCUUGUUAGUAAACUAGUGGCGCUUUCUUUCAGGUGCCUUUAUAUAUGUCAGGGCAAUACAUUAUGUCAAUUACAUUAUGUGUACGGACAUUUUCGUGGAGAAAUGUUUACUUAGAACGAAUGAAAUGUGAAGUUUU